GCAACCGUGCCUCGGCAACAGAGCCACGACAACGGAGUGCUGUGUCUCCCCUUAUGGAGCUUCCAUUGGGUGGGCCGGCGCUGAGGCACUACACCCGCAGCAGACCUAGACCACACCGACAAAACCAACACCUCCGCCCCAGCAGACCACAGGAAUCGGUGGUUGACAAUGAAAAUGGAGUCCCUAAUCACAUGGGGCGAGUUGAUGAGGGAGUUGAAGAGUUCUUUACUAAGAGAGUCCUUCCUGUCGACACCAUGAAAACACAGAAUGAGUCUGAGGAACCUCCCAUUACUGAACAGGAAGUGGAAGUAGCGCCUGCUAGCGCCGCCCCUUGCCCCGCCCCUUCCAGAACCCUACGGAGGAAGCUGGGCGAGUUCUUCACCCUUAAAAAGCGGAGGGCUGUGAAGUCAGAGGGAAGCCAAGAGGGGAAGGCCAAGAAGACCUCCAUCGCCGACCUAAUUCGGCCUCUUAGGGAGGCCACCAGAGCUGAAAAAGAUCAAGUGAAGGAGAAUGAAAAAGUGAAAGAGAAGGAGAGUGUGGAUGACAGCUUUGUGACAGGAGAUCCAGUGGAAGCAGAAACCCCUCCUGAUGGUCCCACUCCACUGAGGGGUGAGGCUCUACCCCGUCGUGCGCUAAGAGAGGGGAAGUCACAGUCUCUCAUUCUGCUCUCUGGAUCCGCAGCCAACGCUGGGAACACCAAGAACACUGCACAAGGGAAGAUACAGAAACACUCGUCUGACAGCCAUCAUGGCUUUGAGCAGCGCCUCCAGCUCAUGCUACAACGUAUUGGUGUGUCCAAAGCUCAGCCAGGAGAGACACAGAGUCAGGAGGGAGAGAUGAAAAAAGCUGAAUCAGAGGGCACUAUCAUCGAUAAUAAACCUGAGCCCCCACCCACAUUUAUGAAGCCCCGGACCAUGUCCACCUCAUCAGAUACGAGACGAGCGGUCCGACAGAGUGUGUCCGCACAUGAGUCAGCUGGGAAACCUGCUCUGCCUCCUAAGCCAAUAAUUAAGCGAGGCCCAACCCCACCUCCCACUAUCUCCGGUCAUCUCACCCCUGAGAAUGACCUAUCCCAAAUACAGGAAGGAGAAGCAUGUUCCCCCACAGUCCCCACCCCUAGUAUCACUGAUACCCCUACCAGUUCCAAACCUAUCCCCACUGACACCACUAUUCCCAUCACUGUCCCAGAUCCCACUAACUCUUCUAUUCCCACUGACACCAUCAUUCCCUCCCCUGUCCCAGAUCCCACAAACUCUUAUAUUCUCACUGACACCAUCAUUCCCUCCCCUGUCCCAGAUCCCACUAACUCUUCUAUUCCCACUGACACCAUCAUUCCCUCCCCUGUCCCAGAUCCCACAAACUCUUAUAUUCUCACUGACACCAUCAUUCCCUCCCCUGUCCCAGAUCCCACUAACUCUUCCAUCCCCGUUUCUACUACUGCUACUUCCUCUAAUUCAACCCCCAAUGACAUCAUCCCCUCUACAAUGUCUGCACCUACCCCUAUCAAUACUACAGCGCCCACCCCCAACACCACCACCUUCAUCUCCAGUACUAACCCUGCCACUACCAAUACCUCCAUCACAACUACAUCUGGCCCUAUGAAUAUUACAACUUCCACCCCCCCUACUGACAUGAACUUUGACUCUAUCCUCACUAUUACCCCCACCCCAACUCCCCCUGCCUCCACUGACUCCACCACCCCAACCACCUCUGCGUCGUCCAUCUCUAAUCUAGUCACGAUCACCAUUACAAGCAUUACUGCCCCAACACCUGUUAACACUAAUACUGAUACCCAUACAUCAACAACCCCCAUCACUAAUGCUUCUACCCCUACCCUUACUGAUACUACUGCCUCAACUUCUACUGACUCGACAACUCCAACACUAAAUACUCCCAUCUCCAUAAUUGCUUCUGCUGGCAACAACACUUCUACCCCCACCCCCACUACCUCUCUGUGUCCCACCCCCACUAACUCUCUGUGUCCCACCCCCACUACCCUAAUUACUAAUUCAGUUACCCCACCUCCAUCUCCUGCUGCUACUAUAACAACCUCAACCCUUAAUUCUAUGAAUGGUGCUUCCACUCCUACCCAUAUCUCCAUAAACUCCACGGACUCCAAAGCUACCCAAACCGGAACUCACAAUACCAGCGCAACUAACUCUGUCAACUUCACUUCUACCUCAAGCCCCACUAACUCUACUAGUCCUAUCCCUACUUGCUCUACCAGCUCAACUUCCACUAACUGUGCUGCUUACACUGCUACUAUCCCUAGCAGUCCGAUUCCCAUUCUCUCUACUAAUCACUCCCCCACUGUCACUUCUAUCCCCACUGGCACUCACUCAACUAACUCCACCAAUAUUUCCUCCCCCAUAUUCUCUUCUACUCACACCACUACUAACACUACUAGUCCCAUCCCAACUAACUCUACUAGCCUCACCACUACCCCCACCCCCAUUAACUCUAGCCCCGUCACCACUAUCUCUACAGGCUGUUCUAAUAUCACCAUUGCCACUAACUCUUCUGUCCUCAUCAGUAGCCCCAACCCCACUAACUCUACUACCAACACCCCCACUAACCCUUCAAAUCCCACCAACACCACUAAACCUACUAACUCUACUACACACACCACUAUCUCAAUCCCCACUAAUUAUGUUACUCAUAGUCCCACUAACUCUUCUACUCAUAGCCCCACUAACUCUUCCAGUCCAACACCCACUAACUCUGCUAGCCCUACACCAACUAAUACUAUUCAACCAUUACCCGAGGAGAGAAUUAGCCUUAAUCCUGCAAUGGGACUGCUGUCCAUGACUAAGGAUUCAAAUGACCUGAAUGCUGAGAGGGUAGAGAGGAACAAGGAGACAGAAGAGAAACGUAGCAAGGAAGAAGAUGUCAGGAGGGCCACAGAGAAAGAAAAAUAACAAAUCAUUGGCGCACAACAUAUGCAAAACCAUAAAAGAGGAGGAGGGUCUGCAGAAGGUAGAUGAGAUAAUGAGGCAGGGAGUAGAAGGGAAAAAAUCUAAUGAAGAAAGAGAGUUGUGUAAAAAGGAUGGGGAUAAAAAGAGGGAAGGAGGGAGCAAUGUGUCAGAUGAAAAAGAGGUGGUAGAGAGCAAGUCAAACAAGGGACCAACUACUGUGAUAGAGGCAGGGGAGACCACAGUAAAAUAAAUGGGGGGACAGUCCAUGGAACUGAGUACAGGGACCACAUCACAGCAGAAAACCGCAGAGGGUGGAACAUCGGACCAAAGAACUGAGACCCCCUCUGUGUGACACAAAUGGACUGACCCAGCAAUGUGUCCUUUUUUUUCUCAACCAUGUUUACAUUUGCAUUGCACGUAUUGUAUGAUUAUGUAAUACAUCAACUGUGGUGAAAUAUGUUUACAAUAGAUGGAUAUGAGACACAGUACUUAUGAUAAUUAAAAGGAAUAUUCAUAAUGUCA